AGGCUCUCUGGAUAAAUAUUGCAACUUCAUCGGGUUUUUCCAAUCCGUCAGGAGUCUUAUUUCAUCUUCACGACAGAGACGAGAUUAAGACGAAGCAAAACAAGAACUUAGUAGAGAUAAUACGGCGUCGUAAAUAAACCUUAUCCGAUCACCAACCACCGUCACAUACUCUGAUAUCAAGCUGUUCCACUUCUCUUCGCUGUCGCAUCUUCGACUUCCUUGAAUCCUUUGUAAGCUGUGAGGUAUUCCAGUCCAUGCUUGCUGAUUAAUUCUGUCAUUGCACUGAAGAAAUUUGGCCUGGUGUAAUGGACUCAGGAUCUGCUGAUAUAUCAGAUUCACAACCUGUUACGGCAUCAAAUGCAGCAAGGUCUACUGCAGUGGAUUCUGCACCAGGCCAGUCAACAGAGGAGGUACCUUCAAAGCUCUCUACUUCAGGCAUCUCCUCAUGGGCCAAAAAUUUAAAAAUUCCACAACCGUUCACUGGGUCUCAAGAUGAACAAUCAUCUGGAAAUGCUGCCAAAUCAACCUUUGCUCGUUUCACUGGUGGGCUUGGAAUGCGUAUGUCCCCUAAGUCUCCUACAGAUGAAAAUUCUGAAGGAACGUCAACAUCGCCAUCCAGUUUUAUUGGAACAUUCACCAAAGGAUUAGUUGACUCUUCGAAGAAUGCAGUGAAGGCUGUGCAGGUUAAAGCGCGACAUGUUGUAUCCCAGAAUAAGAGAAGAUACCAGGAAGGAGGAUUUGAUUUGGAUUUGACCUACAUAACAGAGAAUAUAAUUGCCAUGGGCUUCCCUGCUGGUGAUAUGAGCUCUGGCAUUUUUGGCUAUGUUGAGGGGUUCUACAGAAACCACAUGGAAGAAGUCAUUAAAUUCUUUGAAACUCAUCAUAAGGAUAAAUACAAAGUGUACAAUCUUUGUUCUGAAAGAUUGUAUGAUGCUUCUCUGUUUGAGGGAAAGGUUGCUUGUUUUCCAUUUGAUGAUCACAACUGCCCUCCUAUUCAACUCAUUAUAUCGUUUUGUCAAAGUGCAUACUCAUGGUUGAAGGAGGAUAUCGAAAAUGUUGUGGUUGUGCAUUGUAAGGCAGGAAUGGCAAGAACUGGUUUGAUGAUCUCUAGUCUUCUUCUAUACUUGAAAUUCUUUCCUACGGCGGAGGAGUCUAUGGAUUACUACAACCAAAAGAGAUGCGUAGACGGAAAAGGACUAGUUUUGCCGAGCCAGAUUAGAUAUGUCAAGUAUUUCGAACGCAUCUUAAUGUACUUCAAUGGAGAAAACCAGCCUGGCCGCAGGUGCAUGCUCAGAGGAUUUCGCCUCCAUAGGUGCCCUUAUUGGAUAAGACCUUCUAUUACAGUAUCUGAUCAUAAUGGUGUGCUCUUCUCAACAAAAAAAUAUCCAAGAACCAAGGAUCUAUCGCCUGAGGAUUUUUGGUUCAGUGCACCAAAGAAAGGGGUUAUGGUGUUUGCUCUUCCAGGCGAGCCUGGCCUUGCAGAGUUAGCUGGGGAUUUCAAAAUCCAUUUUCAUGACGGUCAAGGAGACUUUUAUUGUUGGCUGAAUACAACAAUGAUAGAGAACAGGAAAGUUCUUACCACAGGCGACCUUGAUGGUUUUGACAAGAGAAAAUUACCAUCACCUGGUUUUCAAGUGGAAGUAGUCCUUGUGGACUAUGAUGCUGCCUUCCCUACUCGACCCCAAUCAGAAACUGCCACCAAAGAAUCAGCUGACAGUUCAAGUGCUAAUCCUGCCCCUGGAUCCAACCCUACCUCAGGCGGUGAGCCUGCUGCCAGAAGUAACACGAACCAACACCCUGGGAACAGUGACAAGGACGACGUGUUCUCAGACAAUGAAUCCGAGGAAUCUGGAAUGUCAAAGACUAGACAAACUAAAGCUGCUUCUGAAGCUAGUGCUCCUGCAGAUGCAAAACCCCCUGGGUCCAAGAACAAUAAUGAUUCAGAUAAAUUAUCAAGCUUGACACAUAAGACAGAGCAAGUCUCGUUGGGAGGCACAAGCUCUAUACACAGCGAGCCUAAAAGAGAUGGCUCAGUCGGAGCUACACCUGGUAUUGAGGUUUCCAAUCCGGUUGGAGGAGUGAGUGAUUUCAAGGUAGUUGCAGCUGAUGCAUCUGUUUUCUCAUUUGGUGAUGAAGAGGAUUAUGAAAGUGAAUAAAAAUGUCUGAUGGGCAAAUUCAUCAAGAUGUACAUAAUAGCUUGGGGGUGCUAGGAUCUAGCUUGUUGGAUUCCGUUCAUUUUCAUUUAUUUUACUAGCAUUUUACUUGUUCAUGGUUUGCAUUUGAUUAUCAGUUUGAUAAAGCUAUGCUGGAUGCGCUCUGUCACGUAGACCUUGGGUUGAAAUUGUGUUAAAUUUGCAAUAGCGUUAUGAAAUUUGCUAUGGAACAAUACCAAAUGUACUUUACUACAA